GCAGAGGCCCUGCCUCUUUUCUCUUAGCAACUAAUGCGUCUUAGCAACGCCUUGCCCAGGAGUUUGUGCUAUUGGGAUUUGUUUUUCUGAGAGUCUAUCACCAGCUCUCAAAGGCGCUUUUCUCCAGUUUACUGCCGAGGCUUCUUUCUCUUCACUUUAGUAAUACUGUAUCAGAUUAAGUCAGAACCAUGGCUCCAAAAUCCCCACAAAGAAAGACCGUAAGUGGCCAGAAGUCAACAUCCGGCAAAAAGAAACAAAAAUCAACAUUGCCUGCUAAUGAAGAAGAGGAACCAGUAAAUAUGGAAAGCAUGGGCCAUCCAGAAAUUUAUCCUUUAGUAUUGACUACCAAGACUCAGGAAAUAUUCAACUGCCGAAUAGAUGAAGAUAUCACAGAUGAAAUACCAUACAAACUUAUCAAAAAAGAAGAUAUUUUUGAGGACUUACACAGAAGAGCUGCAGUAUCUGAUUUCCACCCAAUCAAAAAAAUUGUUCAGGACUAUCCCGGAAAUGAGCUUCUACUUGUUUACGACAAAGACUUCAAAUAUGGGUUGAACUUUUAUAUUAUUGGUACUGAAGAGGGCAAGGACAAUUAUUUAAAUGCCCCAGAGGUACCAGAAGAACAAGAAGAACAUAAAGAACUUAUUCCUGAAGAAACAUAUACUUACACACCACCCAUCUCUAAACCUUGGGUUUCUUUGGGCAGUGAAAAAGAAAUAGAGGAAGAAUCGGUUAAAAAAUCUACAAAGCAGGUUACAUAUAUGAUUUCUCGAAAACGAAUUGAUUUUGGUGCACCAAUUUCCUUCAGUGACCAAAAUGCUUCCAGUGUAAAAGAGGCCUACAUCGAAUGUACAGCCUACCCAGAUAAAAAUUUCACCCUUAAAAAACUUGAGAAAAAUGUUGGCAUGCAAGCAAUCCCCCAAGUCAAGGACACAAGUACUCAGACAAAAUGGACAUAUCCCCAAAAUGCUAGUACACAAUAUUUUUCAAGAGAAUUCUCAGAAGAGGAAAAAGAAAUGGUUGGACAAUCAAAAUCUUUUUCUGAUUUUCUUAACAAGGUAUCCACAAGUGUUGAAAUAGCCCUGCAGCAAAAUGAAAUUAUGAACCUGUUUACUGACGACUGGAAGUCCUUGGCAGAAGAAGAAGGUACCUUUGGGGACAAGACGGAUACCCACCUGAAAGAGUUUCAGUCCUUUACCGACCUCCACAGCCAAACCGAGAAAACAAUCACCUGUGUCUCAUGGCAUCCAGCUAUCUAUGGACUAAUAGCAGUGUCGGUGGCUGUACGACUUUCCUUAGAAGACAGAGUCCACUUUUCUGGUAAAUUACUGCUGCAGCCAUCAUUGAUUCUUUUCUGGAGUUUCUCUGAUCCCAUACAUCCUCAGUUAAUGCUGGAGAGCCCAGAUGAUAUCUUCUGCUUCAAGUUCUGUCCGAGUGACCCUAACAUCAUUGCUGGAGGCUGUAUAAAUGGACAGAUUGUCCUGUGGGAUAUCACAGCACACGCAGAUCGCAUAGAAAACAUUAAAGCAGAUGGUAGUGGAAGUAAAAAAGCCACACUCAAGCCUAUAUUUCUCCUUGAACCAGACAGUAAUAAAGAAGCAAUGUAUAUCAGACACUGUGCUGUCUCUUCAAUAGAAAAUGGUCAUAAGAAUGUAAUUACAGACAUACACUGGCUGGCUGACACAUUUGAGAUUAACAGACUCGGCUAUGUCUUUGAGAAUCGAAGUGAAAUAUCCUGUCAACUUGUCACCUGUUCGGCAGAUUGCACAAUCUGUUUCUGGGAUAUUAGACCACAGAAAACUUUAACCCCUCUACUGACAGAGAAAAAGAAAGAAGAAAGUAUUGAAGUUCCUUUUGAUGUACCAUCUACAUUUCUGCACCUAGACCUCUCCUGGAAACCUUUCAUUAAGAUGAAGCUAUCUAAAGGCGAAACAAAUUUAGACCACUGUCCAACCAAGAUAAGCCUGAGUGAAGACCAACUUCUUUCCAAAUUAUCAGACAAAAUGUUAACCCAGACCAAAGCAGUAGAAAUGAACCCGUACCGAAAUCUUGAAGCUGGAUUAGCCAAUCUUCUCAAGCCAAUUGACGACUUCUGCACCAAGUUCUUUGUGGGAACAGAGGAAGGUGAAGUGAUAUACACAGAUUGGAAAAUGGAAAGAGAUCCUGACACUGGCAGGAUGAUGGCAAAGAAACCCGUGUGCCUCUACUCUGUCCAUGAUGGAGCUGUUCACACCGUUCAGAGAUCACCUUUUUACAGUGACAUUAUCCUCACCGUGGGGGGGUGGAAUGUGGCCAUCUGGAAAGAAGGUGUUAUGACUGGACCCCUCCUUCGGUCAUGCUGUGCUGCAAAAAGGUACACCUCAGGGCACUGGUCCCUGACAAGGCCUGGUGUUUUCUAUAUUGGCCGAGAGGAUGGAUAUGUUGAUACCUGGGACCUUCUGGAAAAAACCCACGAACCAGCCCAAUCACAAAAUAUUUGCAUAACUAUGAUCACUUACAUCAAACCUUGGACAUUUUCUGCUAAGCAGCAGUUUCUAGCCAUAGCUGAUUAUUAUGGAACACUGCAUAUAUUAGAAAUCCCUUGGACAUUAAGUCACCCUUCCACCAAUGAGGUAUCAAGUGUUAACUACUACUUUGAAAGAGAAGUCAAGCAUCUGGAGUACGUAGAACAGCGCAAAAAUAUUCGUGAACAAGAAAAGAAAGACAUGGAGUUAGAAAUGGAAAAGAAAAAACAUAAAACAUACCAGAAGUCAAAAGAACAAAUAGAAGCUGAAUUAAAAAUGGACUAUGAGAGUUAUUUGGAACUGGAAAAGACCAUCCUUAUCAAUCUUGGCCUAGUCAAAGUUCCGGAGACGAUGUCACACAUGGAAACGAUCUAGAGAAGCUUUCUGAAGGGGUGUCUGGAGGACUCUAUGGGUCUUCUCUCUCUUCAUUCAUUAUCAGUUUGAACUAGCAAACUGAACAUAUAGAGGUUCAUUGUAAAUAUAGGCUUUUAUUUCACUGCUAUUAAAACAUUUGAAUUACAGCAGUAAAAUC